ACUUCUUAAAUAUAUAAUUGAAUGGAAUUUAAGUAAAUUUAAAUAAACUUAAAAAUAGUUAUAUGGGAUAAGAUUGCAUAAACUAGUGCUAUCACAAUAUAUAUAAUUCUUAUCAAUAUAUAUACACCAACAAAAUCAACAAUUCCUCAAUAACAAUACCAAAAAGAAAAAGAAAAAAUGGCAGUGAUAAUAGUUGGAGCAGGACCUUCAGGACUGGCCAUGGCGGGUUGUCUAACCCAACUAUCAAUCCCAUACAUCCUUCUAGAAAGAGAAGACUGUUUCGCUUCCCUCUGGAAAAAAUACGCCUACGACAGACUCCAUCUCCAUCUCAAAAAACAAGUCUGUGAGCUUCCUCACAUGCCUUUCCCUUCCAAUUUCCCUCGCUACGUUCCCAAACACCUUUUCCUUCAAUACUUAGACGAUUACGUUUCUCGAUUUCAAAUCCAACCCCUUUAUCAUCGCACCGUCGAAUCGGCUUUCUACGAUCAGGAUUUAAAGAAGUGGAAAGUGAAAGCCAGAGUUAACGGUAACGGUAACGGCGAAGAUGUUGUUGAGGAAUAUAACGGAAGGUUUUUGGUUGUGGCUAGUGGUGAAACGGCGGAGCCUUAUGUGCCGGAAGUUAAAGGGUUGAGGAGUUUUCCUGGGAAGAUUCUUCACUCGACUGGGUACAAAUCUGGGAAAGAGUUUAGGGAGAAGAAGGUUUUGGUUGUUGGAUCUGGUAAUUCUGGUAUGGAGAUUUCUCUUGAUCUUGCUAAUCAUGGUGCUAACACUUCUCUUAUCGUUCGAAGCCCGGUUCAUUUUGUGUCAAAGGAGAUACUUAAUUUAGGGGUGUUUUUGGCUCGGUAUUUACCCUUUAAAAUGGUGGAAUCUUUAGUGGUGUGGCUUAGUAAGUUAGUGUAUGGAGAUUUAACCAAGUUUGGUAUAAAAAGACCUUCUGAAGGCCCUUUUACUAUGAAGGCCAAAUAUGGUAAAUUUCCGAUUAUUGAUCUCGGAACAUGUCGUAAGAUCAAGUCCGGCCAAAUUCAGGUAUUGCCAGCAGAGAUAGAAAGCAUAGAAAACGACAUCGUUUUGUUGAAGAACGAAAAGUCAUAUCACUUCGAGACAAUUGUAUUUUGUACUGGGUUCAAAAGAUCAACACACUUGUGGCUUAAGGGAUAUGAUUGUCUGCUGAAUGAUGAUGGGUUUUCGAAAAUAAGUUACCCAAAUAAUUGGAAAGGAAAGAAUGGUUUGUAUUGUUGUGGAUUAUCUAGGAAAGGUUUGUUUGGAGCUAAACAAGAUGCUCUAAACAUUGCAAACCACAUCAAGUCCUUGUUGUGUGACAAUACACAAAAUGAUGAUGAUGAUGAUUCUAAUUCGGAAAAGAAGCCCUAAUUAAUUAAUUAUAGUUGUUGUUUAAUUAUUAUUAUUUAGUGUUAAGACUAUAUACUUUUUUUCCUUUUGUUAAUUAAUUUGGUGGAAGUUUGUAGAAAUUAAAUAAUUUAGAUUCUUAUGCAUAAAAUGGAUGUAUAGUUUUGCUUUUUCUAUGAAACACAUUAUAUAUA